UCCCCGUCACUCCCUUUACCACCUCCGAAACCACCCCACAUCCCCCUUUAGAGAGAGAAACACCGAAUCAGCGUCGAUCGAUCGUAAAAUUCUUCGCCAAUUUCCUACAAUGGCGGCGACCUUAGCUCGGAAGUCUCUUCUCGCUCUUCGACCUCGUCAGCUCGCUUUGACAGGACAAGCAUUCCAAGGGUUUAGCCACCAGGAAAUAAGAUCAUUUGCCACCAAGCAUUCAUUUUCCACUGACAAAGAUGAUGAGGAAAGAGAACAGCUUGUUAAAGAGAUAUCGAAGGAUUGGAGUUCUGUUUUUGAGAGAAGCAUAAAUACUUUGUUUCUCACGGAGAUGGUUCGAGGAUUAUCUCUUACUCUCAAGUAUUUCUUCGAUGAAAAAGUGACAAUCAAUUAUCCAUUUGAAAAAGGCCCUUUGAGCCCCCGUUUCCGUGGAGAGCAUGCUCUUCGUCGUUAUCCAACAGGAGAGGAACGCUGCAUUGCCUGUAAACUCUGUGAAGCUGUUUGCCCUGCUCAAGCAAUAACUAUUGAGGCAGAAGCAAGGGAAGAUGGAAGCCGUAGGACAACCAGGUAUGAUAUUGACAUGACGAAGUGCAUCUACUGUGGAUUUUGCCAAGAGGCAUGCCCUGUUGAUGCCAUUGUUGAGGGACCCAACUUCGAAUUUGCAACAGAAACUCAUGAGGAGCUUCUAUAUGACAAGGAGAAACUGCUAGAGAAUGGUGAUCGCUGGGAAACUGAGAUCUCAGAGAAUCUGAGAUCAGAAAGUUUGUAUCGCUGAUCUCAGUUGCUUUGAUGAGGACAUUAUGUUUUCCAUUUUUGUUUUCUGGCUUCUGAAUCAAAACCAAUAAAUUUCUCUGUUUAUGGGGAUUCAGAGAUGAUUUUGUUACCAAUUGCUCAUGUAAACAUUGUUAAAUUGCAAAUUUGCAAUCUUGUAGAUUUUGGUGUAUCGUUAGCCUUAGCCAUUACUCCAUUUGUUGUGGCUGCUAAAUUACCUCAACUUGUAUGUCAGUGCAAAACUAGGCAGACUAUGUUUCAUCGCCUGUUGGGAUAACACAUUGGGUCUAUAUAUUUUUUUAAUCAAGAUUGGAUUUAAUAAGGAAAAUUUCAUUUUGGCUCC